UUCCUACACUCCGUUGUCGUGCACUCGGGCAGACACCGUAGCGGCCGCUACAUUGCAUACAUCAACCCACUUGGAGACAAUGAGUGGUACUGUUUCAAUGACGCCUCAGUGUCUAAAUGUUCAUCAAAUGACGCUAUUAACAUGAAUUAUGGGAUUUCGGACGAACCAGACGAGUCAGAUUGUCAGCCCCAGUCAACUGCCUACAUACUGGUUUAUAUUGCAAAGAAUGCCAAGGAGGAGGUAUUACGUCCAGUCACCGAGGAGGACAUAACAGCGUCGCUGCGUAAACGCUUUCAAGAGGAACAGCAGAGUGUGGACGAAAACGAUUAG